AUGAUCAGAACUUUGAGCCAUUCAGUAGCCUUUAAAAGAACUCUCGUUCCAAACUUGAGAAGUGCUGUGCUCUUUAGUACACAAUCUUAUGCGGAUUCUCUUUCAAAGUUAAAGAAGGAUCUGAAAGAGGCGAUGAUUGCCAAGGAUGAUAUUAAGAAAACCACCAUCAGAAGCUUGUUGUCCACCAUAAAAAACAAGGAGAUAGACAAUAAGGGGAAAGAAUUAGAUGAAUUUGGCCUGUUUGAUCUUUACUCGAAGCUUAUCCAUCAAAGACAAGACUCUAUCUUGGAGUUUGUUAAGAACAACAGGCCCGAACUAGUGGAGAAAGAACAGAAAGAAAUUAAAAUUAUCAAAAACUAUCUCAAUGCUCUGCCAGUAGCUUCUAAGGAAGAGGUUGAUGCUAAUGUCUUGACAUUUUUGAAAAACCUCAAAGAAGCAGCUCCUGAUAUCAAGAUGAAGCAAGUGUUUGGAAAGGUAGACUGGACCAUUAUGCCAAUUGAAUGGAAAGCGUCUCCAAAUGUCAUUAAAAGUAGUAUUGUUGCUCAAUUUAAGAGCGUCUUUGAUCAUUAA